ACCAUUAACAUAUUACAUUGCAAACAGUAAACUUACGAAUCAAAUAUGUACUUCAAGGUCCUAGUAAUUGCUGCCACCAUCGCUGUUGCCUCCGGGCAAUACGGAUACAACAAUGGCUAUGGCCAGGCUUCCCACAAUCUUGUUCAGCAUCAACCACAAUACGCUGCUGCUGUUCAACAAGAUUACCAUGAACCAGCUCAUUACUCUUACAACUACGGCGUUCAGGACCCUCACACCGGUGACUUCAAGUCCCAGCAUGAGACUCGUGAAGGCGACGUUGUCCGCGGUGAAUACAGCCUCCACGAAGCCGACGGCACCGUCAGGCGUGUAGAAUACAGCGUAGACCCACACAGCGGAUUCAACGCCGUCGUGCAUCGUGAAGGACAAUCCUCCCACCAGGCCCCCAACCACCACUAAGCAGCAAUCUAGUCAAACUGUUACAUAUUUAGGAUAAGCUCAUUAAAUUGUUUAUAAAAUAA